AAUGCGGAAGGUUGAAAUUGGUGGCGGCUCUCCAGAAUUCCACGACUUAUUUUGUCUUGUUGAAAACGAAAACGGUUCACUAUAAGAGAAAGCUGAAAGCACAAGCAAACAUAAUACUUAAUGCUCUUUUCCUCAUUUGGAUAUUCUUUCCUGAAGAGAGAGAAUGGUGCUAUGGGAGAUCACAUUGGCAACGGCGUAUUUCUUGGGUCUGAAACGCACUUACAAGCUCUUCUUGAGGAUUCAGCGUAAGCUCAUUACUCCCAAUCACCCCAGGCUUCGUGCUUUCGCUCAAAGGCGAACACGAGCUGCCUUUGACGUGGCACUGACCAUUCAUCGCAAGAUACAGGAAAGAGAUAUUGAAGCUGGUAGGAAUCUUGGGAAUUGGAUCCUUCGAUGGCUUGACAAGAUGAAGCCAUCAGCUAAUAUUCGAGGAAAUCCCUCAGAUAGCAAUGCAAUUACGAGCGCAAGUAAGCAGCUUAGGAAAUCAUCUCACUCCCCAAAACCGGAGGGAUUCCAGAAAUAUGGUGCUGGCCAGGAUAAGGGAUCCAGCAGCAGGCAUCUGUUUACCUCAGCGAGGAACACAUGGCAAAAAGCUUAUCCAACCAUUUCUAUGAUGAUCAAACCAAGAAGUCCUGCUGGAACAAGCAUCCAGUACAGGCAGUUCAACACUGUCUUGCCAGCUAGUUUCAAAGCCAUGAAUCAUGCGAAAAAUGGUUUUGAGGGAGUGAUCCGACCGGAUAUAUUGCAGUGGAUUCAACGAAGCUAAUCCAUUAACUACUCUGUUGCUGCUUUGGCCUUUUCACUUGUGGAGCUGAAGCAUUCGAGAAUUAGUUCUGGCAAUAACUAAAAGCGUUAUGGUUUUAAAUUGUAGUCUUUGCGGCUUCUGUUUUCUUUUGGAUGCCUAGUGCUUUCCAGUCAACCUUGUAAAUUCUUUUCGGAUUCUGCCCAGUACUUACAUUUCAACCAACCUUGAUUGUUGAGUUGCUCUCUUUGGAAUUUGAUUUCUGUUGUGGAAGUGUAUCAAGACCUGAGAUUAUACUUCUUUUUUCUUUAUUGUAUUUUCACUCUAAUAGAUUAGGUGUUUGGUGUUCCUCCCCUUUA